AUGGCUGACCGAUUCCCCUCCCUGGAGGACUUCGCUGAGGGCCAAACUGAGGUUCCCCAAUCGAUUAACACUGAUGCCGAUGAUGAUUUCCUUGCUCGUGAACGUGCCGCUCUCGGAGAAGAUGCCGAUCAAUUUGCAACCCCUCAAGACCAUGUGGCCGACGGUGUGAUUGAGGAUGACCUGCUGGGAGGCGAUAACAUCCAAUCAAACGAAGGAAUAGGCGAAUUCGAGUCCGCAUUCCCCUCAAUGGAGACACAGACACAGAAUGAGCGAGUCGCCCCUGGCGGUACUAUCACCGGCUCUGGCUCCCCAUUCCCUGCCACUGGAUACAAAAGCACUUUUGAGACUGAGGAGGAAGCUGAGCCCGUUCGAGAGUGGCGCGAGAAGCGAGAUGCUGAAAUUUCUCGCCGCGCAGAGGUUUCGAACGAGAAAAAGGCUGCCACUAUCAAGAAGGCCCAAGAGGACGUUGACGACUUCUACGUUUCCUACAACAACAAGGCAGAUAAGCACCGCGCCCAGACCCGCACCGAAGCCGAGCAGUUCUUGGCCAAUCGUGAGGACACUUCCGCUGGCGGUACUAGCUGGGAGCGCAUUGCCAAGUUGGUUGAUGUUUCGGGUAAGGGAGCCACUGGCGGUGCUAGCGGCUCCGGCAAGGAGCGUUUCCGUGAGUUGUUGAUUGACUUGCGGAAAGAUCAGGAGGCCCCCGGAGCAACUGGCAUCUAA